GUCUUCCUUGGUGACGUACCUCUGCGGCUGCCGUAGACAGGAAGUGAGACAAAGAAAACAACAUGGUGCUGGAAAAGAAAGCCUCCGCCCGGGUGGAGGCGGGCCAGCGUAGGGUUCUGGAUGAGGCCACCAGACAGAGGAGACUGACCCGACAGCUGGAAGCUCUGGAGAAAGACAACUUCCAGGACGACCCUCUAUCCUCGCUGCCCCCCCCAGGUCCUACUGCCCGUCUGCCUGCCUUCAGCGAGACAGAAGAACCCGAGAAGAAGAGGAGGAAGACGAGAGGCGACCACUUCAAGCAGCGCUUCAGGAAGAACUUCACCACGCUGCUGGAGGAGGAGAACCUGUCGGAGAGGGCGGAGCCUAACUACCUGUCGGCCGCGGCCCCCCCCUCCUCUCUGCCCCCCCGACACUUCUGCUGCGUCUGCGGCUUCCCCUCCCACUACACCUGCAGCACCUGCGGGGGGCGCUACUGCUGCAGACAGUGUUUAAUCACACACCGGGAGACAAGGUGUCUGAAGUGGACUCUGUGAAGCAGUUCAUCGUCUCCUCUGGGAGCCUCGCCGCUCUACGUUAACAUCAAGCCUGGCUCUGUGAAGCUGCCCCCCCCACACACACACACACACACACACACACACACACACACAGAUGUUUCUGUUUGUAAAUAGUGAAUGCAGGUGUUUGAUCUUUUAUUAAAGAGGAAAGAAGAA